CUUUCUUUACUUUGAAGUUCACAAGUUGUUGAACUUUUUCUACGAGCGGCACUUCAUUGGCACUUUUUAUUUGAGCUUCGUGCGUUCCGUUUUCUAACAAGAUGGCUCGGAUCUGACCUGUGAUCGUAUUGACGCUUGGUGACGCGCAAUGGCUCCUUUCGGCAAAAACUUUCUGAAAGCGCGUUUGAAGAACAGCAGGUCUAAGGAUGCAGAGGAGACACCAGGAAAGGAAAUCCAGGUGAGCGUGUGUCAAGAAGAAAAAAUUGUCUGCGGUGUGACCAAGCACACGACCUGUGCCGACCUGGUUGAGGCUUUAUUGGAGGACCACAAGACUAUACCCGAAAGUAAGAGGCUCCUUCAUGGAGAACCCAAAGACUUUUGUAUCCUGGAACGGUGGAAGGGAUUUGAAAGAGCUCUGCCACCUCUCACUCGAAUCCUCAGAUUAUGGAACGCUUGGGGUGAUGAAAGACCUUUCAUACAGUUUGUUCUUGUGAAAAUAAGCGAUUUUGUGCCUUCAUCCAAGGGAGCCAAGAGGGCUUCAAGAUCUCGAGGAGCAAGGUCGCGGAGACUGGAGAAGGCACCUGCGCAGUAUGCCAAGACCGUGACUGCGGAAAAGCAGAAGCGCAUGGUGAAGAAGGCUUUCCGCAAACUGGAAAAGAUCCAGAAAGAAGAUACAUCAGAGGGCUCUGAGGAAAUCAGCAAGAUGGUGCGGUUGAUCAUCUCUCAGGACCAGACCAUGCGACAGCAGAUUCAGCAGAUGCGUGAGCUGGACUUGGAGAUUGAACAUUUGGAGCGACAGGUGAAAAGCAGCCCCACAUCUCCCUCCAGCCUCACAGAUUGUGAAGAUGUACAGGCAUUGCCUCUGUUCUCGUCUGAAUUGGACAGCCAGAUGCAGGAGUAUUUUAACACCAGUGAUGGAAUCGAGCAACUAGACCUACACAUUUGCAGACACCAAGAACUCAUUGAUCGGCUCUCUCGAGAUAUCGACCUGGAGCUAAGGAGCAAUCCUUGGACCUUCGAUUCAGAGGAGUUGAAAAGGGGAGCAGCAGCAAGCCCAGAACCGGAGCUGGGAUCUGACCUAACUCUAACCUCCUCAGAUCUUUUGGAGUUAGAAAGCUUACGCAAUGAACUCCAGUCAAGCAUGAGAGCCGGGCUUUCGCUCCAUUCCCAAGCACAAGACAUCGAGAAGGAACUGCAACAGAACAACACAGCCUUACAGUCACGGAACCAAGAAUACCAGCAUCUUGUUGCUCAAUUCGGUACACUGGAGCUGGGGACCUGUCCUGACCAGCCUGUAUCUUUAAAGAGCCAGACCAGGGCUGCUGUCUCUCAGCAGACAUCAGGCAAGAUCAGACAAACAUGCGCGCCUACAGAUGCAACAGACACGGACUCAGAUACUGGAAUAAGCUCAACUCACAGUCAAGACUCUCUGUCGCCUUGUGUGGACAGAUCACCUCCUCUGGAUACUGAUGUUUAAAUAAGAUAAAGAUUCAAUGAGCAUUUGAACAAAAUUAUUAUGCUGUUACAGUUAUAUCAUGUUACAGUGCAGCUAAAUACUGUAUAUGAAAACUGAAUUCAUUUAAUUUUUAUGCACUUAAAGCUCAGAUUAAAUAUGGAAAUAUUCUAAUUUUGCAUUAAGUAUAACCAAAACCAAAACAACC